CGGCAGCCCUCUCCUCCUCCGCCCGUCCAUCCCUCGGUUCACCCGUCUACUCGUGUGUGUGCGCGAGAGAGAGAGAGAGAGUGUGGACUGAAGCGUCAUUCUCCUCCUUUCUUCCUUUCAGUAAACGCGCAUCACUUGGUGAGAAACGGCGCUUUUGAGACCCAGAAGUUUUUUUGUCGGUCGGCUCGGCUCGACUCGUUCAGCUCUCCCGCUAUUUUCUUCCAUUCCUCCCGGUUUCAUUUUCGCCCUGAGUCUCACUUUCUUUUUUUUUCUUUCUUCUUCUCCCUGACUCGAGGACCCGGCUCCGCUGCUAACACUGGGCGUAGACGGAGAGGAUUUCGCUAGCUCGCUGCUGCACCGACUGACCAGACCAUACCUCGCCGUCUCCAGAAAGCCUGUAGGCCAUCCUGUGAGAUUUGAGUCUGCCCCCCUGCCUUGCAGAGACGGACCGCCACCACUCACGGAGAGAUGAAGCCGGAUGGGGUUGCCACGGCGGCGCUGGAGCCCAUGGAAGCGUUGGAAUCCAAUCUAGUAAAUGAGGCAGCGCCAGCUGUGGGACAGGAGCCCAACCAGGCGGCCAGUCCGGCGGAGAUGCCACAGCAGCCUGCAGCAGAGACAGGCCAGGUGGAACCCAAGCCGGACCAGGCCAAGGACACCCCAGCUGCCGAGAACAGCAACAAAACAUCAGGUGACUCCAAAGCGAAGACUACCAACAAGGCCACGGCCAAGACGAAACCUGGCACCACGGGCCCAACCAAAACCACCCCUGGGUCACGGCCCAACACAUCCCAGAGCCGCCUCUCGAAUGGCGUGUCAAAGCCCCAGACCAACGGCGUGGCAAAGAAAACCGCACCUGCUGCGGUGAAAAAGAUCGCCCCGACCCCAGCUCCAGCUAAAAAACCAACAGGCCCGGCCCCGGCCUUCAAGAGCAAAGUGAUUGAGAAGAAACCCACAGGGGCGGCCCCGGCCACCAAUGGUGCAAAGUCAAUGACCGGAACAACAACGUCAGCAAAGAAGACGGCGUCCGCAACCGCUCCUGGUGUCAAAACCGGCACCGCCGCUGCUGCUGCUAAAAAGCCCCCAGCUCCCAAGACCGCCUCUGCAACUCCCACCAAGCCGAGUGCUGCUGCCUCACCCAAGCCCUUGACUUCCAAGACAACCAGGUCUACACCCAGCACGCCGGCGUCCUCUCGUCCUGCCACAGGCUCCACCAGGCCGCCCACUACCAGCACAACCAAGAGCUCCCCGGCUGCAGCCAAAACCACCACCCCGAAAGCCCCCUCCACCACUGCCAAGCCCGUUGCCUCCAGACUAACCUCCACUACCCCCUCUGGUGGCAAACCUCCAGCAUCGCAAACAUCCAGAAACACAACCCCUGUGAAAAAAGAUGUUACCAAACCAGCCACUUCAUCAUCUAAAAAGCCUGUUGAGUCCCCCCUCACCCGCCCCUCCUUGACAACGAAGUCGGCAAAACCCGAGACCCCCAAAUCAGCCGCCGCCAAAAAGCCUGCCGCUAGUAAGGCUGCAGACACAAAGACACCCAUCCGCACCAAAGCAGAGAGUAAGGCCACACCUUCUAAGGAUGCUGCCAAGACCCCUGGACCUAGAGCAGGUGCAGCCAAGACUCCCAUCCCCAAGAAAACUGUUGGCAGCAGCACCCCGACUCCGGUAAAACGCGGUCCCAAAGCAGCAACGGUUGCAGAACCCGGAAAGGAAAUCGCUGCCGCCGUUGCUGCAGCUACAGCUGCAGCUGCAGCUGCAGCUAUCGCCACUGCGGCCGCAGCCGUCGCAGGGCCAGAGGGACCAGAAACAGCUGUGGAGCCAUCUGCUGCAGAACUGAUGUCCAGCCAGACCCAAGCAGUGCAAGAACAGCCGUCAGACCCCGCACCAGAAGCCAUACGGGAACCAACACCAGAGCCCAUAGAGAUGCUGACACCAGAACCAGUACAUGAACCAAGGCCAGACCAAGUAAGAGAACCAUCUCCAGAGCCCCUUCCAGAACCCCUGUCUCAGCCAGAGUCAGAUCUAAGAGCUGAACAAGUCCACGAACCAGCCUCCAAUGUGCCGCUGUUGGCUCAACUGGACCACUUCAAAUUCGAGGAGUCUACCAAGGAAUCGGUUCCUUGCCUGGGAACUACUGUCAUGUCUCCACCUUGUUCUCCACUGGGCCCCGUGUCCCCCGUCAGAGAGCCACAGAACACCUCUUCUCUGCUGGACAUGCACAUCCAGUCCAAUCCCUGGGGCGACAACCAGACCCUGGGUCCGUCUGAGUUUGCCCCCCAGAGCCUUGUCAAUACGAUGAACUUCUACACAGAAGAGGAAAAGGAGAAUAAAAACCAGUUUAAGGCACAGACAACGACGGAGGAGGAGGAGGAGGAGGAGGAGGAGGAGGAGGAGGAGGAGGGGGAGGGGGAAGAAGAAGAAGAAGAGAAGGAGAACCUGUUCAUGCCGACCUCCACAGCUCCAUCUGCAGAGACCUUCAACAUGAUGGCAGAGCCUCUCUUGCUGGAUGCCUCGCCCAUGGGUGAUUUCACCUCCGGGGACCUGAUCUCCCCGCACGAAAAGGAGGAGGCAGUGGAAAAGGCUGAUGAGGAGAUAAACGAGGAUGAUGAUGAGGAGGAGGAGGAGGACGACGAAGAUGAGGUGCAGAGGAGACUAGGACACCAGCCUUCGUCCCUGGUCACGGACAUGAGCACGUCUCAGCCCUCUGAAGAGUUCCAUGUGAGACCCUCGGCUUUUGGCGCCUCUGCGGCGUGGCACGGCGACGACCUGCUGUCCGGGAUGGACUCCGAGGACGUGAGCAGCUGCACCAGCAGCCGGCAGCAGGGCGUGUCCGACCUCAGCAGCCCCCAGCACACCGCGCUGCUGGAGGGCACCCAGAGCUCUGACGCCCUUGUCGACUCUAGCCUCCGCGGCUCCGAGGGAGACGGCAACCUUAUGGGUUCUCCCAACGUGGAAACUCUGGCCAACGAGGAGGACGAGGAUGAGGAGGACGAGCGGGUGGACGAUAUGGACCUGAGCUCAGAGAGAGUGGAGGAGCAUCACAAGGCGUUCCAGGAGCAGGAGCGGGACGAGGACGAGGAGGACGAAGAUGUGGAGAUGCACAGCGAAGGUGUGACUGAGAGCUGUGGGAAUGUAGACGAAGAUGACUUCAAUGAGGAGGAGCGUUUAAGCAACCUAAAUCGCUCCGGUCCUCCGCCGUGCAUCCCCCCGGCCUCCUCCUGGAGUCAGUCUAACACCUUCAGUGAUCCCUGGGCUCAACCGGCCUCCCUGCACGCCGUCUCCUCCCCCAGCCCCGUGUCCGACCAUGGUGCGGCCGAGUCCGAGACGCCAAUCCUGUCUCCCGCCCACGCACGUGUGGACAGCAGUGCCCCUUCCUUUGCUCAUGAGUCAGAGCAUGAGCCACGGCAGCAUCAGUCAACCCAUGAGGAGAUGAAGACCUCAGCAGACGUGGAGGAGGCUCACGCAGGGAUGUCCCAGCCCGGCGCAGCUCGUGCUGCCCACAGCGGUAGCGAGACGAGCACACCGGAGGAACUGCAAGACUACGACAGCAGCUCUGGGGUGGAGUCCCGCUCUGACAAACAGCACACCCCAGUUCCCCCUUCGGUCCAGCCUGACAUGGACCAGGACCUGGGCAUUCACUUGGAGAAAGGUGAUGGAGAAGAGGAGGAAGCUGAGACGCUCCCCGCCGACGAGGUCCUAGGAACAGGACCUCCGACCGCUCCGGCAUCCGCCCCGUCCUCGCCCUCCACUUCAGGAGACGAGGCCAGCGACACUGAGGACGAGAUGCAAAUAAACGACCCCGACGCACCGGCAGUGACUGACCACAGCGCUGGAUUCGAAAGCCCUCCUCCCACCCGCAGCCUGCCGGCUCUCGAGGAGGAUGAGGAGGCGGGGGAUGCGCAUGCCGGAGAGGGCGAGGAGGACGGAGGCGGAACCACCCCCCAGUCCGCCAACUCUGUGGCAUCUUACGGCUUUGACUGCACCACAUCCAACUCGAAUGCCCACUCCAUGGCCGAGAGCUGCGGAAAGAGCCCGGGGAUCUUCUCGCUGGAGAAUGAGGAGCAGCUUCCAGAGGAGGCCAAGGACCCCUCCCUCAUCAAGGAGCUGACCCUGCCAUCAGUGGCUGCCGCCGCCCAGGCAGAGGAUCUGCUGGGCAGACCCGUGGACCUGAUGCCUUUGGGCCACCCGGGCGACAACCAGCCCGGCAGUCUAGAUGAGCACCACUACAUGUUUGGGGGAAAGAACGCAGCAGACCACCUAGAGGAGGUCGAUCCAUGCGAGCCCAGCCGCCACCUUGGGGCCGUGGAGUCUGAAGACACCGGCGACAGCCAGCCACCUUACUACUCUACCAUAUGUGAUAAGACUGAUAGUUUUCUGGCAGGUAAUGUAUAAGUCCCUCCUAUUCCCCCUGGAAUGCACCUUUUCCCCGCAACCCUCCCCCGUUACCUGUUGUUUGUUUUCUCUCCAGUUGGAUUAGAUGGCUUAGAAGAACAAAAAAAAUAAAAAGAGAGCAAGAAUGUAGGAAAAGAUUUAAAAACAAAGGAGAUGGGGGGGAAAAAAGACUGUAGCAAUUUUUAAAUGAAGCCUCCCUCUUUCAUACUGUCAUGGUUAUGAGUGUCUGGCUUAAACUCCUUUAUGUACAAUAGCUACUACCAUUUUCUAGUAGAAUGUUCCUUUUUAAGUAACACUGCAUAUUCUGUAGCCCCCGUUGGGGUAUUGACUGAUUGGUCCACUGUGACUGAGCUUAUAAACCUGAAAAAAAGAAGAAAAAAACCCCAGAUGGAAUGAAAUGGACUCAUUGUGUAUUUAUCCUACUGUUUUUACCGAACAAAUGUCAAUGAUUUAUUUGUUUUUGUUUUGUAUUUGCUUAUUUGUUGGUAUUUUUUUUUCUGUUGAAACCUGGUCCUCCCUACCCUGUGUACACAUGCUUCAUGUUCAACAGCACCAUGGCACUAGUCACAAUGCUCCUUUUUAAAAGUUUGUGCUCUGAGUUUUAGCUAAAUAAAGGCUAGAUAUCAACACGACAGAUUUGUUGAGGUAGGUGUGGGAAGUAUUAGAUGGCAGUCGGUGAAGUUUUGAAUGUGCGCUUCAAGAGCCUCUUUUUGCGUAGAUUGUUGAGGUAUAUAACGUGCAGUCACGUACAGUAUGUGUUUCAGGCAUUUGGUUUUAAGUGGCUACGCUUCAAGCCUCAGUUAGCUGAUCAUUUGUGUUCCAGAGGAGACUAACAGCUAGCCUAUUAUUUGUGAUGAGACCCGCCCCGCAUUGUCCUACAUCACUGUCACUCGCUGAAACGUUUUCACAGUGAGCGCUUGGUUUACUAUUUCAACAGUAUAUUGCAUGUUUAACUAACAUAAAGACUGUGUACUACCUUGGAUUUGAAGCAAUUCUACGCUAGACAUGUUCAUUGAUGAAUGAUUCACACUAGGUUAUCUUUCAAAAUUCCAUUAAAACAUCAUUGCAAGGCA